AUGAACAUUCUCAAGAAAAUUUUGGGUUCAGGUCAGAAGGAUGACUUGGUCGUCAUUCCUUCUGGACAAUUAAUAAUUUCCAGAAGCCCCUCAUCACCAAAAUCAGAAUCAGAAUGUUUGUACAAUGAUGCUGUUGCGGCAAUCAGGCCAACAUCAAUUACUUUUAAUUACCAAUUAGUGGUCCAGAAAGCAUACGAAGAAGGAGAACAGCAAUUAAAAGAUGAUGAGGAAAACGAUGAUUCUCUUUUGGAAGAAAUCGAGUCUGGGGAUGAACGGACUUUCUUAAUCUCCCAAGAUUUAGAGUUUCAUAAGUAUAUCAAUGCCGAUGGCAACACCACUAUUGUUUGGAAAGAUGUUUCUGGUGAUGAUGGUGAUAAAUUUGCCUUUGUAUGUGAUAUUUCUGUCUCUGAAAAUUUAAUUGAUCAGUUUAUGAAAACCAUUUGGAAGUGUGAAUUUGAAAGAAAGUACAAAAGAUCCUCAAAUUUGGCCACAGACGCGGAUUUAGUGGAAUUUCAUUAUGACUUUUCUAAACACAUGAGCAGUAAUAUUUUUGAUAGUAAUGAGCUUAUGGACUCUGGUGAAUAUGUUCAAAGUACAGAAGAUGAUGACGAUGACGAUGACGAUGAUGAAGAGGAGUUUAAGGAUGCGAUGACCGGGUCCCCUGCCAAAAUUCCCUAUGAAAAAGUAGCAGCUCCUAUUAGCUUUAGCAAUAAGAAAAAGAAGAAUUUGGUUGCUCCUGAUGGUGACCUGCUAGUUUCCAACACCUGCGAAUUGCAUUUUUUUGACUCUGUGGAGACUGCAUUUGUAUCUAAGGAGUCUGGUGCUGUUGCAAACGUUGUCGACGCUGGUAAGUGGGAAUACUGGCUUAUUAUUAAGUCAAAAGAUAAGGUGCUUCUUGCGGCCAAAAUUGAUGAAAAUAUGAGUCCUACUUUCAAUUAUGAUCAUUUAUGCUUUAUAUUCAAUUAUAUCGUUGAUGAGGAUGAGGGGACUUCAUGGUUGCUCAAAUUUGCGGAGUUUGACGCGUUGUCUGAUUUCCAAACUGGGCUCAUGCAAGCCUUGUGGGAAUCUUUAAACAAAGCUAAAUGGGGUAAGAUAAAAAAAGAAGACCAAGAUUACAUUGUUGAUGCAUUUAAUGACUUAAAAAUUGAUGGCUGUAAGGAUGAUGCGGAUAAACUUGAAGAUCUGAGUGCUGAAGAAGAAGAAGAAGAAGAAGAAGAACCACAGGAAGAGGAAUGUUCAAAAACUCUUCGUUCCGGCAAGAAGACACUCUCAUAUAUUUCAGAUGAUGCUGCCUCAGUUGCCAGAUUUAAAUCCAACAAAGAGAAGAACAAAGCAUUGGCAGUUUCAUAUAGUAAUGAAAGAUCUUAUGUUGUUAGAGGUAACAAAAUCGGUGUUUUCAAAUCUAAUGACAAUAACUCCUUAGACUUUUACACUGCCAUUGAAAACAUCAAAAACACUAGUGGUAAGACCUUCACUCCGGAAAGAAUUAUGUUGCAUGGUGAAGAUUCUUCUUUGAUUUUGAAGGAUCCAAGUAGAAUUGGUAAUCUAUAUAAGAUGGAUUUAACUAAGGGCCAAGUUGUUGAGGAAUAUAAUGCUGGCAAACCUGAUGCUAAGCUUGAUGUUUUGGAAGUUAAUCCAACCAAGAAAUUCAGUCAAUUGACAAAUGAGCAAACUUUCUUAGGGUUAUCUAAGAAUGGCUUGUUUAAGAUCGAUCCAAGAAUAUCAGGCAAUAAUCUUGUUGAAUCAGAACUCAAACAAUACUUGUCGAAGACCAACUUUUCUGCCAUUACUUCAACUGCCCAAGGUAAUAUUGCAGUUGCCUCGAAGGAUGGUGAGAUCAAGUUGUUUGACAGGCUUGGUAUAAAUGCUAAAACUAGAUUACCAGGUUUGGGUGAGGAAAUUAGAGGUCUUGAUGUUUCUGCUGAUGGCAGAUGGGUCUUGGCUACCUGUAGCACUUUCCUUUUAUUGAUUGAUGCCCAAAUCAAGGAAGGUAAAAACGCUGGCACCACUGGUUUCCUCAAAUCAUUUUCGAAAGAUAGCAAACCAAUUCCGAAAAUGUUACAGCUUUUACCGCAACAUGUCGUACUUAUGAGACAACACACCAAAAAACCUAUUGAGUUCACCUUUGCGCGUUUCAAUACCGGUUUGGAGAGUAAAGAAACCACCAUCAUCUCUUCUUCUGGUCCUUACGUUAUCCGCUGGUCCUUAAGAAAGAUCCUCAAGGGUGAUAGGGAACCUUACUUAAUUAAAAGGUAUGGUAUGGAAGUUAUUGCCGAUGAGUUCACUUAUGGUUCUGAUAAAAACGCGAUUGUUACGAUGAGUGAUGACGUUGCCCUCGUUAAUAAAAAGAGAUUCCUAAAACCAUCAAGGGAAACAUUUUCUGACACCAAAAGGUAUUAG